AAUGACUCUAUCUUGUAGUUUCUUCCCGGCAACAAUGACUGCAAGUUGAUGUUAAAUAAACCACAGACGCGUUGAGUUGUGUACUAAAUCCACCUCGUGUUUCAGGUGAGAAGUCUUUUGGGACCACAUGAAAACUAGACAGAGAUUUGAAAUAAUACCUCGCGUGGUCGACACAUCUCAGCGAAGGAUCAUUUUAAACGUUGGUGGACGAAAACAUGAGACUUAUCUGAGUACGGUCAAAAAUUAUCCAGAUACCCGACUGUACUGGGUCGUGGAAAAUGUUACGAAAGCUAUCGAUUAUGACUCGGAAAGAAUCGAGCUGUUCUUUGAUCGACAUCCAGGCAUAUUUGAGCAAGUUUUGAACUACUAUCGUACGGGUAAACUGCAUUGUCCGCACGAUGUUUGUGGUCCUCUGUUCGAGGAAGAACUCGCAUAUUGGGGCAUCGACGAAAAAGAAAUGGAACACUGUUGCUGGACUUCGUACACUCAGCACAGAGAAGCAGAGCAUAACUUAAAAAGUUUUAAUGUCCCUGAUGGUGAGCAAGAUCAGGAUACAGAUUUGGAAAGCGACAGAAUGGAGGAUUCAACUCCUGCAAGGGACUGUGGCCGCCCUUUCACUUGGUGGACGAAAUAUCAACCUAAGAUUUGGCCAAUUUUGGAAGAGCCCCAUUCUUCUAAAGCUGCUAAGAUACUUUCAAUCAUCUCCAUAACGCUGAUCCUAUUGUCCGUGGGCACAUCUUGUGCUCUAACUCUACCCCAGUUCUCUAAGCAUUCAAGAUCAGUCCAAGGUCCCGCAGCUCCUGCAAGGGAUUCCACCACAGUAACCAUCUUCACUAUAAUUGAAUUCUUCUGCGGUAUUUGGUUCACUUUAGAACUAGUGUUACGGAUUAUCUUUUGCCCAAGACGACGCGUCUUUUUCCGAAUGGUUACAAACUGGAUCGAUAUCUUGUCGGUGAUGCCGUUCUAUAUUCGUAUUCUCGCUCCUGAUGGUGUAUCGCAGAUUGCCGAUGCACUCCUUAUGAUUCGACUUCUCCGACUUUUCCGCUUUUUUCGAUUGCUCUACGGUCUUCAAAUACUGUUGCACACGUUAAAAGCAAGCUCGUACGAGCUGGGACUUCUCUUACUGAUUUUGUUCAUACCAGUGAUUUUAUUCUCAUCAAUCAUCUAUUACGUAGAGCGUACCAUGGAUGACAUCCCCACGAAAUUUCGUUCAAUCCCAGAAUCCUUUUGGUGGUCACUUAUAACAAUGACCACUGUCGGCUAUGGCGACAUAACACCAAAUACGUGGCUGGGAAAAAUUAUCGGAGGAGCAUGCGCAGUUUGUGGCCUUCUUGUGGUCGCUCUUCCAAUAUCCAUAAUUGGAAGCAAUUUUAAUCUUUAUUAUGCGCACGCUCAAGCAAGGCUUAAACUUCCGAGACGAAAAAAUAAAGUUUUGUUAAAUUCCAUAACUUCGGACUUUUCGAAUCGCGGAAAUUUGUCUGGUGUCAGGCGUAGAGGAUUACGUAUUCGUAGUAACGUCAGCCGUGAACCUGAAGAGGAUGAUUGCCUAAUGUCUGACAUGUUGGCCAGUCAUUCAUCUCGGCAAAAUAGCCUUGCAAAGCAAAGUCCCGGUGAGGUAAAGCGAAACUCGACAACCUGGAGUAUUCCGUCCAGCAAAUCGGAUAACGAGGGAAAAACCUCUCCAACGUCAACAAGGCCGACCAGAGAACGUCGAAUCAGCCGGAAUGAGAGAGUGGUUCCAAGACUUGGAGAUCUACCCGAAAAGGAUGAAACAGAGGAAAAUGACGGUCAAGAUGAUAACCAUCAGGUUUCAAAGCAAGAUUCCAUUAUGAACAACAAUGUCAGGAACAGUUUAGGUGUGCCAGGUGUUUCUCAUGUCAUACCCAAAGAUCGCCUGCCACUUUGGAUAGCAGAAAAUGGAAAAAAUCAACGUGUACGAUCCUUCAGCGUUCCGUCGAACUCAAACAUGUCUUUUCCUGAGGCGCCUCCACGCAAAACACAGUCUCAAAACUCUCACGUUUGUAAACGAUGCUCUCUACCGAAAGACACCCAAAGCAUCUGUGGAGAAGACAACAGAAAAUGCUCAUCUGGAGAAGUUUGCUGUUGCGCAGAAAAAGAUGAGAUACCUCGAGGAUCGCGAAAUAACUCAACGUACACGAUAUUCAUUCCAGGUGCUGACGAAGGUGUACAAGUGAGUACAGAAAGCUUACCAUCCUGGAGCAGAGAACUUCCUUUCGAAGGAAUCUCACCCAUUCAACUUGAUGUUGUACCUUGUUGGAAAAGAAGGAGAUUUUCAGACGAAGACAGCGAACCAGAUAAUCUAAAUGAAGCUGAUGAGCGAGAAACUCUUGUAAGUGAGUUAAGUGACAGCAGAACUGUUUUGGAUGGUAAAAGGAAAGAACCCAAUAAACAGCCUACCAUGUUAUAUAUAGAUAUGCCAGGGAGACAUGGCAAUAUUACUGAAAAUGAAACUUCAAUUUAAUUGAAUGAGGAAGUGUCGUAGAAAAAGGAAGCAGAUAGAAAAAAAAGCUACUGACAGGCAGCUUGGACAGAGCUUCUUGAGGCCUAUGGCCAAAUGUGCAUCUCAAUACCCUAAGGGGAAGGGAAGGCGGCAUUACCUUAUAUGGCUUCGUGGGAAUAUACCGGUAAACAAGAUAUGGUAGUCGUGGUUUUGAGCCUGUAAAUGGAUUUUGAGUUUUACGAUUUAUCGUCGUAACAGUGUUUUCUGAACUAGAAGUCUUUCCAACUUUGUACCCCCAGGCAAAGACUUUCUUUCCUCUUGCAGAUGAAAUACAUUAAGAAUUUGUAAAGU